AUGCAGGGUGUGGGGUUGAAUUUAGAGAAUGCUCUUGCGUUUUGGAGAGCUGAGUUCUCACAAAAGGUUGGAAAUGAGCGAUUUGAUAAAGAAUACGCAUACGCAGUACGUCAUAACUAUGGAAAAGAAGGGAAAAGGACGGAUUAUACACCUUAUUCCUGUCAAAAGAUAAUCUCUGUUACUCCAAGUGUUGGUGAUCAUCAUGGCUGCCCUUAUCGGCAUUUCAGCGAAGAAAACUUGAGAGCUGCGCUUUCAAAAAUGGGGGUUGGGGGUCGUGCAAUGGAUGAAGUGAUGGAUAAAGUUCGAAAUCGCCAUUACCAGCUAGCUUGCACAAUGACGUUUGAAACCAUCCAUGCUGCAUCUUGUGAUAGUGGGAUCAACCAUCCAAACCAAUAUUUUAUUCAAAGUCGAAAAUUGUUUGAACCAAAGGUCCAAUCUUUGUCCUAGUUUCUUCUCAUUGCAGGGAAUUUUGAUUUUCUCCAUUCUGCCUUAAUCAUGCAACCACUCGGUGGCCUAUUUAAGCAAUUUCUAUUACCAACAGAUUAUUUUAUUUUAUACAAGCAGCAUUGCUUCGUAGAAUCUGUUUGAGAUAUAGUUAGCUGUUUCUGUGGCAUUUUUUUUAAUGUAAAUGCGUUAAUGUGCAGAAGCAGAAUCAUCCUUGUAACGUAAAUCACCCUUUUAAUUUAAUCACGUUAACACGAUAUGAAACUUGAUUAUCUAAUCAGUUCCGAAUGAUUGAUCUGAUCAUGAUUUGCCUCA